CUCUCCCCCUGGGCUAGUGAUGGACGGCGUGUACCUAACGGACGUUAGGGUCCUCUUGCCGGUUGUGGCUUCCUCUCUCGCCCUCUUGGCCACAGUUAUCACCGUCUGCGUCUGCGUCAGGAAGAAGCCUCCCCCAGCCUCCCCCCAGAGCGGCGGGGACAGCACCGGCACAGCAGUACAGGACAACAAGGAGAACAUGAAACAGAGAGAACAAUACUAUGCCACUGUCCGCAAAACCUCACCUCACCGAGACCCAGCUGCUCUGGAGCGCAUCCCAGAGUAUGCAGACGACAUCUACCCUUAUGCGACUUUCCAGAUGAACAACAGCCAACAGCAACAGCAGACCCAGCGACCCCGCCUGCAGCAACCAACUCCACAGCAACACCACAACCCCUCCCACGGACACUACCAACCAUGCCCCUACAAGGAGGUCAUGGCCGGUAGAGAGCGCUUGUCAAGCACUGGGGAGACCUACUGCCGUGUCGGAAGUGGAGAUGGUAGCGGCAAUGGUGGUGGCGGAGGGGUCGGCGGCGGCGGCGGCGGCGGAGGAGGAGGAGGAGGCAAAGGUGGUAGCGUUUUAGGUGUCCGUGGACGGCACCCGACGCCAGGGCCGCGCUCGGUCAAAUCGGAGAGUGAGGAGUACGACACAUUCGGCUCCGACUCCGACACUGACCCACCGGCCUCGUCCCGGACGGAGUCGUCGAACCAGCUGGACCAGGACAGGUCAGGGCCGAUGAGAGCUGUGCAUCAUAGUAAGUCCCACCCACAACACGCCCAUUUGUUGCACUCUGCCCAUCCCCUUCCUCACCCAUACCCACAACAUGCCUUUCUGUCCACUCUGCUUACCCACAGUCCCCACCACUGCCCAUUUGAUAUACUCCUCCCAUCCUCACUCUUGCCCAUAACACGUCCAUUUGUCGCAGUCUGCCUACUGUUUCAUAACUGCCCACAAUACGCACAUUUAACACACACAAUGCUGAAUCACCUUCGCCCCACACCACCACCCUCAACACGCCCAUAUCAAAUUUAA